CAGUUCGUUCGCCUGUUCUCUGCUUCACAUACUGUCGAUUUCCUUGUAUGCUUCAGCGCUUUAUUGGUUUGUUUCCAAUAGAGCCUUUGUUGCUGUAUCCUCAACAAUGUCCAAAGAAUUUUCCAAAACAGACCCAUUUCGUAUUAAGGCAGAAAUCAAAGGCAAGAAACAGAAACGAGCGCAGGGCUCUUCCCACUACCGACCCAAGGCACCAACUGAGUUGACACCGUUACCUCAUUUCAAAGGUCCGGAAUCCUUUCUUACUGUGUAAAUUUCUAGAUGUUCCUCCAUCCGAACACCAGGAACUGUUCAUCAAGAAGUUACAACAGUGCUGCGUUGUUUUCAACUUUGUCGAUUCAUCCUCAGACAUGGCGAGCAAGGAGCUCAAGCGUCGGUUUCUGACAGAGCUGGUUGAAUAUGUAUCGGCUUCUCGUAACGCCUUGCAUGAAUCGACCUAUCAGCCCAUCAUUUCAAUGGUGGCGUGCAACAUUUUUCGGCCCCUUCCCCCCACGGACACAUCCGACUUCGAUCCGGAAGAGGAUGACCCUGUGCUUGAAGUUUCCUGGCCUCAUCUCAUGCAUGUGUAUGAAUUCUUCUUACGCGUGUUGGAAUCUCCGGAAUUCCAACCAAGCAUUGCCAAAAAGUACAUCGACCAAAAGUUUGUGCUUCAGCUACUUGAACUUUUCGACAGUGAGGAUCCACGUGAACGCGAAUUACUUAAGACAGUUGUCCAUCGCAUAUAUGGCAAAUUUCUUGGAUUACGAUCGUUCAUCCGAAAGCAGAUAAACAAUAUAUUUUUGAGGUUCAUCUACGAAACGGAACAGUUCAAUGGCGUGGGCGAGUUGUUGGAAAUUCUUGGUAGUAUAAUUAACGGAUUUGCACUUCCCUUGAAAUCGGAACACACACGGUUCCUUGCCAAGGUUCUCAUCCCGCUGCACAAAGCCAAAUCUCUGGUAAUGUUUCAUCCGCAG